UGCCAGUUCCACAUCAAAAGUGACAAAGAAGACUACUACUAUACAGGAUGAUGAUUCAAGGUUAACAAAUGCUGCUAUAGAUUUAAAUGUACAAAAUGAUGUAACAUUCAACGCACUUGUUUCAACUGAAGAAUUAUUAGCACAAAUAGGAUUGGCAAGAGAAUUUGCAAGUGAUAGCAAAAUUGAGCAUCCCUAUGUUGAUAAACUAAAAAGAGUACAAAUGAUCUUAUUUGAUUUAAGUCAUGCUAUAUCAAAGACAACAUCUGGAGAAAGCAAGUCUUUUGAAAGUAAACAUAUUAGUGAUUUGGAAGAAUGGAUAUCAGAGUAUGCCAAUCAAUUGCCGCCUCAAGAAACUUACAUUAUUCCGGGUGGUGGUAAAGCUUGUUCUACUCUACAUUCAGCAAAAGCAGUAUGUAAGCGUGUAGAGAGAAACGUUGCAUCGUUAGUGCAAGAUGGUUUAUUGAAUAAAGAAGCACAAAUAUAUUUAAAUAAAUUACAAAACUUCCUACUAACAACAUCGCGUAUUGCAGCAAAGUGUGAUCAACGUACAGAAAACAUAUAUAUUCCUAGAGCAGAACUUAAUGACAAUAAGUAA